ACAACCGCGGUGCCUUUGGGAUUUCUGUCCCUGCGGGGGGGCACGGACCGCACCGCGCCGGCUCAGCCCCCACCCCCAAAAGCUCCGGCGGCACAAAAGGCGGCGGCGGCGGCCCCGACCUUGUGCCGGGGGAGGGGGUCGGGGGGGGGCGGAUGCGGAGCCCCCGCGCCGCGUGCUCUGCGGAGCGGCCCGGCCUCGUUGUUAUUCCGAGCACAGCGGCUCUGAUUCACAGCGCUGGAUCAUGAAUAUAAGUGAAGACUUUGACGUCAGAGUUGAGAUUUAUCAGCAGAUCCAAUGGGGCAGGAAUAUUAAGUGCCGGUGGAUGCCAGCGAGCCGCCACCGCCGCUAUUGGCGACGUUCGCCGAGGAAUGAGGCGUAGCACCGCGGGCUGCGGGCACCGGGAGGGGAAAACCUGAAAACGGGGGCGAGCGGCCGCUCCCCGGGCACGGAGAGAGCGAUGCUGCACGGCCCCGCCGCCAUGGGAGAGCCCUGGCAGCCGCAGUCCCAGCAGCAGCGGCUCCCGGCUCUCGGCAACGCCUCGGCCCCCAGCGCCCGGCCCUCGGCGGCGGCGGAGGAGGGGGGGGGCCCCGCGGGCACGGCGGCCCCGGGAGGCGGGGGCCCGGCGGCGGCGGUCAGCCCUUGGGACAUCGCUCUGUGCGCCACGGGGACGGCGGUGGCCGGCGAGAACGCGCUGGUGCUGGCGGUGCUGUUCUAUACGCCCAGCCUGCGGGCGCCCAGCUUCGUGCUGAUCGGCAGCCUGGCGCUGGCCGACCUGCUGGCCGGACUGGGGCUGGUGGGCAACUUCGCCGUGCGCUACCUGCUGCGGCCGCCCAGCGAGGCGGCGGAGCUGGGGGCGGCGGGGCUGCUGCUGGCCGCCUUCUCGGCUUCGGUGUGCAGCCUGCUGGCCAUCACGGUGGACCGCUACCUGUCGCUGUACAACGCGCUGACGUACCACAGCGAGCGCACGCUGGGCUUCACGUGCGGCGCGGUGCUGCUGAUGUGGCUGCUGUGCCUGGGCGUGGGGCUGCUGCCUCCGCUGGGCUGGCAUUGCCUGCGGGACCAGAGCGCCUGCAGCGUGCUGCGGCCCGUCACCAAGGACAACGCGGCCGUGCUGGCCGUCACCUUCCUGCUGCUCUUCGCCCUCAUGAUGCAGCUCUACCUGCAGAUCUGCAAGAUCGCCUUCCGGCACGCGCAGCAGAUCGCCGUGCAGCACCAGUUCAUCGCCACGGCGCAGGCCACCUCCACCCGCAAAGGGCUCUCCACGCUGUCCCUCAUCCUCGGCACCUUCGCUCUCUGCUGGAUCCCCUUCGCCAUCUACUCGCUGGUGGCCGACUCCAGCUACCCCGCCGUGUACACCUACUCCCUGGCGCUGCCCGCCGCCUGCAACUCCCUCAUCAACCCCAUCAUCUACGCCUUCCGCAACCCCGACAUCCAGAAGUCGCUUUGGUUGGCGUGCUGCGGUUGCGGCCCCGCGCUCUCCUCCCGCCCGCGGACAUCCAGCGACGUGUGAGAGCCUCCUCCCCUCUCCUCUUCCUCGUCCACCUCCCCGCGCUCCUCUCCCCUCCGCCGUCCGCGUUUCCCACCUGGAGGAUCCCCCGCCCCGGGAGAGCCAAUGGGCAAAGGGGAAAAUAGGGAAAAAAAUAGAAAAAAUAAGGGAGUGGGGGGAUUUGGGGGGAGGAGAAAGAGAGAGAAAGGAAUGCCGAUGGUUUCCUUAGAAAUGUUAUUUUCGUACACAUUUUAUUUUUUAUUUAAAAACACAAAACGGCAAAA